CCGGGCGCCCCCGCUCCUCGCCCGAGUCCCGCCGCGGCCCGGCCCGGGUAAAAGAACUGGGCAAGCAUGUCGCUGGCUUCCUGGUUCAGGUGGAAUGAGCCACCGAGCCGGAUUUCCCAAAGGAGCCCCACAGAGAUGGUGGUGGAGACACUAAUGAUGGAACUAGGCUGGCAGAUCAAGCAGGCAGAGAAACAGCAACGAGAGAGAGAGAAUGAAUAUCGCAAGAUAAAGACGGGCGUGGACUACGGCUGGCUGGUUAGCUACCCAAAGCCUAAGCACAGCUAUGACAUCAGCCCAGGGGAGCGGCUGCAGCUGGAGGACAUGUGCACCAAAAUACAUCCCUCCUACUGUGGGCCAGUCCUACUCAGAUUCCGGCAACUUAUUGCUGAAUACGAGCCAGAGGUACAGGAAGUAGCCCGGCUCUUCCGCUCUGUCCUGCAGGAAGCCACUGAGAAAAUCAAAGAGGAAGAAGAGGCCAAGAAACUUGCGAGGCAGUGGAACACAAAACACAAAACCAGCCUGUCUCUAAUGACAUUUAAAUCCCGGACCAGGAUUUCCCCAUUCAGCAGCAACAUCAAGACCAUUUCAGAGGACGUGGAGCGAGGCACUGAGCCAACCAGAAGAGUAUGGAGUAUGCCGGAGUUUAGGAGUGCCAAGGAUUACUGACUAUUAAUAACCAGAAUGAGAUCUGAGCGAGAGCUGAUUUGGUUUUUAGAAUGAGUUAACCAUUAUCUAGCCAUGUGUUAUUUCACCUGCAUCCCAGUUCUCUCUCUUUCUGUCCGCCUCUGUCUGUCUCUCUCUUGG